AUGGCAGACCGCGCACCCCCAACGCCGGUCGCGAUGAUCGUAGGCACCGCCCUCAUCGCAGGUAUCAGCGGAUACCUCUUCGGAAUCGGAUCCGGCCUCGGUCUAUUCCCCAAUCCCUUUGUCUCGAAAGAAGCCAGGAAACGCGGAAUAUCGAACUACGAUGACGAAGAGGAGAGCGAGGAAGAAGACAUUGAUGAGUCGAUAUUGGACCAUGCGCCAAAUUGGUCGAAUGGGUUCGAAGCGGAUAAGAGGGAUGGAUUGAGGGCGACGAGUGCGGCGAAAAUCAAGCAGGAGCCGGGGAUUAAGAAAGAGGGUAUGGAGAGUAUACCGGAGAUUAAGAGGGAGGAGGCGAAGCAGGGAAUGGAGGAUGCGAAUGAGGAGUGCAAGAUGGUUCUGGUUGUGCGGACGGACUUGGGUAUGACGAAAGGGAAAAUCGCUGCACAAUGCGGACACGCGACACUAGCAUGCUACAAGCACUUCCUCAAGCACGAUCCGAAGUCGAAGAUACUGCGCAGGUGGGAGAGAGGCGGACAGAUGAAGGUCGCGCUCCAAGUCAAGAGCGAGGAAGACUUGGAUACAUUACAGGCGACGGCUAUAAGCUUGGGUCUGGUUGCAGAGGUUAUUGCCGAUGCUGGGAGGACGCAGAUUGCCAGUGGGAGUCAUACUGUCUUGGGCAUUGGUCCUGGACCAGCAAGUGUGAUCAACCAGGUUACAGGGACGUUGAAGCUGUUGUGA